AUAUAGACCGUCUCACGAACCCAAACAGACCCUCCUCCUCUACUCUUCUAACCUCGAUUCAUCGGCAUGGCUUAUUCCGGUCAGGAGCCUCACUUCCUCGAAGCCUGUUUUCUUUGCCGGAAACCUCUUGGCUACAACUCCGACAUCUUUAUGUACAGAGGGAACACGCCUUUCUGUAGCAAAGAGUGCAGACAAGAACAAAUAGAGAUGGAUGAGUCAUCAUCCAGAAAGAAAAAGAGCUGGAAAAUCUCGUCGUCUUCUUCUAGUAGUAGUAGAUCUAUCAGGACUUCUGACUCCGGAGACAAAUCUCCGACCACAUCAACUGUACAGUCCGGCACAGUCGCUGUUGCUUGAUUGAACCGCCGAUUAGUACUAUACAAAAGAAUAACUUAAGCUAAUUUUGAGAGGAUUUAAAUGAAGAAAAUAUUUGCAGAGCCUUGAUCUGUACAAAUGGGUUCAAGCGACUGAAAGCAACGGCCAUCUAAGAUUUUGCUUUUCAUUUUUGUUACGGGUUGGUAACGGUGGUUGAAUGUUUAUAGAAAAAUUGAAGCGAAUGGCUCUGUAUUAUUUUCUACUAUUUCUUUACCCCCAAUAUUAUUGAGAGCAUCCAAAGGAAGUAUUGCAAAGAAUAUGUUUUGUGAUGCGAAUUUAGUGUACAAAGUAAGUUGUGAGACUCAUGAAAUUUGAGAUCUAUUUCUCUAUUAUGAAGAUAACAUGGCAACAAACACAACAAUUUCUUGCCCA